AUGAGAACUAACGUUCUGGAAAAGGCUAGGGAGAGAGGUCUAGAAAUAGAAGAAAAAAUUAACAACCAUUUCGACGAACUACUCAAGAAGGAGAAGAGAAGAAUAAUCGGAAAGGAACUUAAAUCAGCAGCAAGACAGUUCCAGAGACGAAGAAAGCAAACCGAGGCCGACGUACGUAAGGUAAUAAGGGAUGCAAAACGAUGGAAAAGCGACAUCGCUAAAGAAGAAAGAAGGCGGCGAAAGGAGGUCACGGACUGGAAAACCGAGGCUCAAAAGUGGAAAAGGAGACCCAGCGACUGCGGCGGAACGCAAAGGCCCGCGAAAGGCGAGCUGAGAAAAACCGGAGGAUCGCAGAGGGUAAGUGGAAAGGUAAGGAGAAAUUUGCCAGACUUCAGCUAAAGGUGGGUGAUAAGCUAAGAAAAAUUUGGAAAAAACCGAGAGAAAUCCUGAAACCCAUCCUGACCAAGCACGCCAUCAAGGUAAAAGUAAAAAAGUACGUCAUUACCCCAAACGGUAACUACGACCCAGCCUACUUCCUAACCAUCACGGAAGACGAGGUUAAAACACUUAUAAACUCCGAAACGGAACUCAGAAACGUGAGGAUGUCACUGGCCUGUGAAAUGGCAAGGAGCGAUCCUAAAACCGGGGGAAAAGUGUCAACCAUCGCUCACUUCGGAUAA